AUGCCGGAUUGGAAAGACAUAGCCAAGAAUGGCUGGCAUCCGGAGAAGGAAGGGACCACCUUCAAGGGGCAGAUGAAAGGACUGAUCGGCCGCGGCGAUAGCUCUCACUCCUCAAGCGGCUCCCACGUCUCGCGCCCCAUCUCCGAGCUACGGGAUCCGUCCUCCUUUGGCGCGCCGCCCAAGCGGGAUCCCUCACAGCCCCUGCCGGCCCCGACGGCGAGCCAUGCUCCCGCCCUGGGCUCCGCCCGGCCGACGCCCCAGCCGCCGGCGCGGUCGCAGUACAGCGGCGCUAGCAGUGGCAGCAGCUCGCCCGCGGCGCAACAGGAGGAGGGCAUAGCAGCGGCACCCGCGCCGUCCAAGGGCUGGCAGCUCGACACGACGGGCCUGUCGACGGCGCACCUGCCGCCCCCACCGGGCCGCAAGGACGGCGCCGACGGCCGCGCACCGCCGGCCGCUCCUCCGGCCUACUCACCCGUCCAAAAGCCCGCUGGCAAGCCGUCGCUACCGCCUCGUCUCCCGCCGAGGAGCGGCACCAGCUCGCCCGUGCGCGCGGCAUCGCCGGCUCACCCUCCCGUCCAGGGUCAUGCCCAGACGACUCAGGGCCAGCACGACGGGUUCCUGAACCGGGGCGCCGUGUCUCGGCUCGGCGCGGCGGGGAUCUCGGUCCCGGGCCUGGGAAUUGGCGGUGGGGGUACUGCGCCGCCGCCUCCGCCACCGCGCUCCCCGUCGUCCCCGUCCGCGGCCUCACCUUCACAGGGCACAUCGUUUGCCCAGAAACAGGCGGCGUUCCGGACGGCUUCGCAGUUCAACAAGGACCCGUCGUCCGUAUCUCUCGCGGACGCCAAGGCCGCGGCGGGCACGGCCAACAAUUUCCGCCAGCGCCACGGGGAGCAGGUUGCCAGCGGGCUGCGGACGGUCAAUGGGCUCGGCCAGCGGUUUGGUGUCACGGAACGUGCCAGGAUUGGGAACGAGGCCGUUAACGGAGCGGCGGGCCAACAGGGAGCCGGCGGCGUGGGAGCAGCGAAUGGGCUGGCGACGGUUCUGAGCGCCGCGAAGAAGAAACCACCGGCCCCGCCGCCUCCCAAGAAGAAGGCGGAACUGAGCUCGGCGCCAGUCCCCCACGACGAUGCGGCACCUCCGCCCGUGCCACUGAGCACCAGACCAACGUUCUAA